ACCCCCAAGUUCCACUUGUGGGGCACCUGGAGACCCCCAAGUUCCACUUGUGGGGCAGGAAAUGGACCUUGAGACCCCCAAAAUUCACUUGUGGGGCAGAGACGGAGCCUGGGACCCCCAAAUUUCACUUGUGGGGCAGAGAAUGGAACCUGAGACCCCCAAGUUUCACUUGUGGGGCAGAGACGGAGCCCGAGACCCCCAAGUUCCACUUGUGGGGCAGAAAUGGACCUUGAGACCCCCAAGUUCCACUUGUGGGGCAGAGACGGAGCCUGAGACCCCCAAGUUCCACUUGUGGGGCAGGAAAUGGACCUUGAGACCCCCAAAAUUCACUUGUGGGGCAGAGACGGAGCCUGGGACCCCCAAAUUUCACUUGUGGGGCAGAGAAUGGAACCUGAGACCCCCAAGUUCCACUUGUGGGGCAGAGACGGAGCUUGGACCCCCCAAAAAUUCCAUCUAUGGGGCAGAAACGGAUUCCAGUGACCCCCAAUUUUCACUUGUGGGGCAGAGACGGAGCCCGAGACCCCCAAGUUCCACUUGUGGGGCACCUGGAGACCCCCAAGUUCCACUUGUGGGGCAGAAACGGAGCCUGAGAACCCAAAGUUCACUUGUGGGGCAGAGAACGGACUUGGAGACGCCCAAAAUUUCACUUGUGGGGCAGAGACGGAGCCCGAGACCCCCAAGUUCCACUUGUGGGGCAGGAAAUGGACUUGGACCCCCCAAAUUCCAUCUAUGGGGCAGAGAAUGGACUUGGAGACCCCCAAGUUCCACUUGUGGGGCAGAGAAUGGACUUGGACCCCCCAAAAUUCCAUCUAUGGGGCAGAAACGGAGCCUGAGACCCCAAAUUUCCACUUGUGGGGCAGAAACGGAUUCCAGCGACCCCCAAGUUCACUUGUGGGGCAGAAAAGGAACUUUGAGACCCCAAACUCCACUUAUGGGGCAGGAAAGGAACUUUGGGACCCCAAACUCCACUUGUGGGGCAGAAAAUCGACUCCAGUGACCCCAAACUUCACUUGUGGGGCAGAAAAUGAAUUUCAGUGACCCCA